AUGGGGUUUAGUAUUAAGAGACACACUGUGAAUAAAAGCAAGAAAGACAAAAUGACUAUUAUGUCAAGGCGGUUUGUCUGUUCGAAAGCUGGGUCUCGGCAACCAGACAAGCGAGACAACAAUAUUACUAACCCCCGAGCUGAGACAAGAACAAGUUGCAAAGCACAGAUGGCCAUAUGUCUAGGUGGCAAUGGAAAAUAUAUGUGUCAUGAAUUUGUGGGGGAACAUAAUCAUGAUCUUCAUACUGAUUCAACAGUUCAUAUGAUGAGUUCACAGAGGCAUAUGUCAGACAUACAUAUGUAUGAAAUUGAUUUGGCUGAUGACUCGGGCAUUAGACCUAGAUUCACAGUUGAGUUGAUGGGUAGGCAGGCUGGUGGGAUCGAGAACUUGAGCUGUACGACCCAAGAUGUUAGGAACUAUCUCCGUACUAAAAGAAUGAGUGCCUUAUCAUAUGGUGAAGCAGGUAGUUUGUUGAAGUACUUUGUUACUCAAACUAAGAACAAUCCAUCUUUCACAUACUCAGUUCAGCUGGAUAGUGAAGAACAAAUAACUAAUAUAUUUUGGGCUGAUCCAAAGAUGAUCAUUGAUUACGCACACUUUGGAGAUGUAGUCAGCUUCGACACUACAUUUCGCACCAACAGACAAUGUAGGCCGCUUGGGGUGUUUGCUGGAUUUAAUCAUCAUAGAGGAUGCACUGUAUUCGGCGCCACACUUUUAUAUGAUGAGACAGUGGAAUCUUUCAAGUGGUUGUUUGAGGUAUUUGCUGAGGCACAUGGUGGAAAGAAGCCUAUAACUAUCUUCACGGACCAAGAUGCUGCUAUGACUAUAGCAUUAACAGACAUGUGGCCUUAG